AUGGCUGGCCUCGUCGCUCGCAUCCGCUCCAACCCCCACCUCCGCUUCCUCACGCCCCCGAUCCUCGUCGACUGGGCCGUCGUGCUCAUCCUCGGACAGGCGACAUACUACGUCGAGCAGAUCUACCCCUACGAGCGCGACCCAGCGCACUACCUCAACGACCCCGACUUCCAGUGGCCUCACGGAGGCGAACGAGUCCCUGCGUAUCCAGGCAGCCUCCUCGACCAGUUGACCUGGUACCUGCCCAUCCUCGUCAUCGUCCUCGUGGGCGGCCUCUUCAAACGGAGCUUGCAUGACGUCCACCACGGCAUCCUCGGACUGAGCGCAAGUCGGGCGUUCAUGCGUAUGAUCGUCGAGUGCAUCAAGAACAGGGUCGGCCGCCUCCGCCCCGACUUCUUCUCCCGCUGUCAGUGGGACGCCGUUGCGCACGCCUGUACCGGCCCUCUUGCCCUUGUAAAGGACGGCAGGCGCAGCUUUCCAUCCGGCCACUCGUCGACGGCGUGGCAAGGGCUGUUCUUCCUCAGCUUGUACCUAGCCGGGAAGAACGGCGCCUAUGCGUUCGCGGCCCCCUUCCCUCGCUCAGGACCCCUCCAAUCCCGCCUCCUCCGCCUCUCGAUCGUCCUCGCACCGCUCUUCGUCGCAGGGUGGAUUGUCGUGACUCGUCUAGAAGACCACUACCACCACCCAACCGACGUCCUAGCCGGCUCCUUCAUAGGCGCCUCGACCGCCUUCUUCUCCUACCUAACCUACUACCCCUCUCCACUCAUUCUCUCCACCCCGCCGGGGUCGGAAGAAGCGGAGGAGAGACUGAGGGUUAUGGAGCGCCCGAAGAUGGUUUAUGGAGUCAAGGAGGUGAGUGAUGGGUGGGAGGAGGGGGAGAGGGUGGAGGAAGGGAGGGUGAGGUUGGGCGGUGCGGAUGGGGAGGUGGUUGUGUGA